AUGUCUUUCCGAUUGGUUGAUCGAGCUGAAGGUAUGGGCUCAAAUCCCACGUUGAGUUACAGGACCUCUCUCAUCGUCAUCGUCUUCCUCGCACUCGCCGUCUCUCAUUCUCUUGAGGUCUUCGUCAGAAUCUUCCGUCGAUUCCGCUCGUAUCGCGGGGUCUACUUCUACGCGCUGAUCGCAGCGUCUCUCGGGAUCAUUAUACACGCCUUCGGCUAUUUCAUCCGCAACUAUAAUGUAUGCGACUCAAUCCCACUGGAGAUCACCAUGGCGUGCGGCGGGGGCAUACUCAUGAUUACUGGCCAAUCUGUCGUUCUCUGGUCGCGGCUGCAUCUCAUCAGCUCAGGGAAGACGGACAAAUGGUUGCUAUACAUAAUCAUCGCUGACUGCAUUGUCGUGCAAGGAGGAGCAACUACGCUUAUGACUGGAUCCAGUCUGACGAAACCUGGAAAGUGGCUCGAGAUCUACGAGAAGUGGGAGGUAUUCCAGGUUACGUGGUUUGUCUUUCAAGAGUGUGUCAUCAGCGGGCUGUACAUCUAUCGCACCUUCAUACUCAUGCGCAGCUCGGCUGUGUUCAGAGGCCCAGAUGCGAAGCGCCUCUUCAAUCAUCUCAUCGCCGUGAAUUCGGUUGUCAUCGCGCUCGACGUUACUAUCCUCGCUUUCCAAUAUGCUGGUCUUUAUGAGGUUCAGACAAGCUGGAAAACACUCGCCUACGCCAUCAAGCUGAAACUCGAGUUCGACAUCCUCAAUCAACUUGUCGACUUCACGACGCAGGGCUUCAACGCGCAGGCCGGUUCGCGUCAUAUCUCUGGAACCAGCGACGGGCAUGGGAUUACGAAGGAUGGUUUAAGAGAAAACGCGCGCGGUUCACGAUUCGGCCCCUCGACGUAUGCGCGUAUGGACGAGGAUGAAACAAUUGCGCUGCCAAUGGGAAACCUGGCAUAUAAACAAUCCGCAACAAUGGCCUCCAGAAUGCUUCGUAUCAACCGCAACGUUUUCCUCGCAGCACGACCGGCAGCUCGCAUUGCCUCUCAAAGACCAUCAUUCAGAAACAACAUCAACGACCUCAGCAACCACCGCUUUUUCGCAACAACACAGAUCAUGUCCGUCCAAGUUGACUCCAACUUCAUCUCCCAGAUCACUGCGGCAGAGAAGCUUAUCACCGGCAAGGAUGAACCAGCGAAGGGAGGCCCAACCGCAAAAGCCCAACAGCACGCUGGCCAGAACCUGACAGCACAAGUCAUUCACGACAUCACCGAGGGCGAGAAGCUGCUUACCGGCAAGGCUGAGGUCAUGCAAGGAGGCCCAACGUCCAUCGCCCAGUCCGCUCUUACAUCUGGCUCGUCGACAUCCACCAAGAAUGCGAACAAUUCCUCUGCUUCAGGAAAGCUGGACUCAGAGACAUUAAGCAAGAUCACUGAAGCCGAGAAGAAGCUCACUGGCGAGGCACGACCGGUAGCCGGAGGUCCUACGGCGCAGGCGCAGAGCCAUGCUAAGGAGCCCAUCACUAGCGAGGCUCUACACGACAUCACCGAGGGUGAGAAGAAGGUCACUGGUGGAGAGCGCGUAAAGGGAGGUCCCACUUCGACCGCUCAAUCUGAGCUUGCCAAGAGCAGGUCAUAA